AUUUGCUUCUACUAUAAAUACCCCUCCUCUUGAUCAAAUCUCUUCACUCAUCAAAACAUCACAUACACUAUUUUUCUCCUCUCCUUAUUGUCUAUAUAUUUUUCCUCUUUAGCUUUUUCAUUUCGAAAUGGCCACCGUUGAGGUUGAACAAGUCACUCCAGUAGCAGUAGAGAACGUUGAGGUACCAACAAAGACAGUGGAGGAGACAGUGGUGGAGACAGAGGUGACCCAACAGCCGGAAGAAUCCGUCCCCGCCGUGACAGAACAAAAAUCCGAAGCACCAAUUGUAGAAACAAACGAAGAAGUGGUUGUGGAAGAGGCAGAGAAGAAAGAUGAAGAAACCGAGAAGAAAACAGAGGAGAAAGACGAGAAGACAGAAGUGAUCACGGAAACUCCGGUAGUUGAGGAGGAGGAGAAGAAAGCUGAGGAAGUGACCGAAACUCCGGCGGUUGUGGAGGAGGAGAAGAAGACAGAGGUGGUUGAGGAGAAACAGACUGAGGUUGCGGCUGCUGAGGAAGUCGCCGUUGAGAAGGCCGAGGAGUAAAGAGGAAGGAAGAAGCUAUAUAUGACCUUUUUUGGUCUCAUAUCGUUUUCUGUUUAUUUUAUUUUAUCAACAUUUCAUAAGUAUUUUCUAUGUUUGUUGGGUUUGUUAUGAUGAAAUCAGAUGUUUGGAUCUUUUAAUGGUUGCUACAUUGUUUACAUGCUUGGUCGUAGCAACAAAGUACAAACUUAAACCGAGAACAUGGAAGAUUAAAACCGUUUAUGUCUACAUGCAAAAAAAUAAAAAAUUACAUCCCUUUUUCUAAAUAUACAACAUAACAUUAUUCAGUUUUUCAAAAAA